GCAAGGGAGUGCACCAAGUGCAGGAGGAGACCUCGAGCAGCCCGAGCUCUACGGCAACCACGGUGGCAGCACCCACGCAGCAGCCAGUUCACCCGGCAGCCAAGGCGGUGAGGAGGAUUAAGUUGUCUACCCCGCCGACGGCCGCGACCACCGAGUUUUUUGACAUCUCCGAGGACACCGUUGCCGAGUUCGCCCUGGAGCCUGCCGACCCCUACUUUGUGCAGAUGGUGACCGCGACCACGGCCGAGGACCCACCUGUGAAGGAGGACGAGCCGGCCCUCAUCAUCCUGGACUCGGGGGCCGACGCAAGCAUGGUUCCUUAUUCCUCUGGUGGCCGUGGCAGCCCAGCGGGAGGAAGCCCGCCAGUGCUCCAGGACGCCCAGGGCAACAAGAUCGAUGGAGGCACCCACCGCAAGUUUGACUUUUGGUUCGAGGCCUCCGAUGGCAAGCGCUUUGCUGUGCGAGAACAGUGUGUUGUGGGGAACGUUCAGGUUCCCUUGCUGGCUGUGGGGAAGCUGCUGCGGAGAGGGUGGCAGAUUAUCAACGACGGCGAGCUCAAGCUGCAGGAGCUCAAGCUGCAGGAGCCCUUUGGUCGGGCGGCAAAGGUGGCCUUUCGCCACAACAGCCUGGCGCUGCGAGGCCACAUUCGAGCAGAGAUCGUCGGCCGCGAGGGGAUGCACGAGCUCCCCCACGGCAUCAAAGGACACUACGCGCCCAACGCCUUCAAGCUCAUGGACGGGCGGGUGUGGUACGACGCCGACGUGUUCUCCGACCGGACCACCCUGGUGAAGAAGACCAAUGGGAGUUGGAUUCAGAUUGAGAACAGCUCCGACUAUGCCUAUGAGGCUAGCCCGUUUGGCCCCAUCGCCAACCGAGGCUGCGAGCGGAUCACCCUCUUUCGGAUGGAGAGCUUCGGCGAGGGUUUCUUCGAUGGCCGGGGCAUAGCGCCCAAGGCGAGCACCCGGUUUGCAGCGGAGAGCGAGGAUGAGCCGCUUACUUUUCUUCCGCCCCGGGAGCCCGCGACCCCGGAGCAGCCAAGGCAGCCCGAGACGCCGAAGCCGGACGAGCCCGAGGAGACCGAGCACGCCAUGGAGACCGACGAGGGCGACUACUUGGAGGAGCUCGCGGCAGGGAAGGCGGUGGAGAAGGCCAAGAAGGUCUUUGAGCGAGCGCCGCGGCCAGUGACAGAGCCACCCGCUGUUCCGAGCGAAGCCGAGGUCAAGGCGCACCGGCUGACGCACAUACCCUACGCUAGGUGGUGCAGCGUGUGCGUCAAGACGAGAGCCCGUGGCGACAAGCAUGGGUCGCGGAAGGAGGUGGACCGCACUCCGGUGGUCCAGGUCGACUUCUUUUUCACCACGGUCGGCAUCGACGUGGACACGCGCAUGGUCCUCGCCGUCCCCGGCCCCAACAAAGGAAGGAUUGCUCUGAAGCGCUAUGUGGAGGAGCUGCUUCGCUUUACCAUUGCCCUCCACGACGAGGAGCACAUUGUGCUACAGUCGGACGGAGAGCCGUCCAUCAAGGCAGUGGUUCGCGCAACAGCCGAGGCCAGAGCAAGCCUAGGGCGGAGGACGACCCAGAGGACCACGCCAACCGGGGACCAUCAAGCCAACGGUGCCGCGGAGAGGGCAGUGCAGACG